AUGGCGUCUUUGAAACUUCUCACUCUCCUCUGCUUCUUCGUCUUCACAAUCCUCUCCUCUGUUUCCGGAUCCAUCGUCUUCUCGAAGCCUCACGCUGCUGAAUCCUUCAAUGUCAGCCUCAUCCAGAAUUUCGGAAGCUGUAGAUACACGGUGAUCAUCACGACGAGCUGUUCGUCACCGAGGUACACGAGAGAUCAGAUCAGCCUCUCCUUCGGCGAUGGCUAUGGAAAUCAGGUAUAUGCACCGAGGCUUGACGAUCCGGGGUCAAGAGCAUUUGAGCAAUGUUCAUCGGAUACGUAUGAGAUAAACGGACCAUGUGCGUAUCAGAUAUGCUAUGUGUAUCUUUACAGGUCUGGUCCAGAUGGUUGGGUUCCAGGGAGUGUUAAGAUAUUCAGUCAUGGCUCAAAGGCAGUCACUUUCUCUUACAACACAUUUGUCCCUGAAAGCAUAUGGUAUGGUUUUAAUUACUGCAACAGUGUCUCGCAUUCGAAUUCCUUAGCUUUCGGUCUCGGCAAACUCAUACUUGUAGUGCUUGCUACAUUGCUUUGCUAA